AUGAAGUGGAAAUACGCGUGUUUGCUGAUCGGAGUUAUUUUGACCGCUGUUAUUACGUGCGAAGCGUUUCCAUUUCCAGCAGGGCAUAUAGAUUAUAUGGAAGCUCUUCGCCGCAUGCAGCAGGUUCCACAAUGGCAUUGUAUGAGGUACAGAAAGUUUCACCUCCACGGCCACUGCAGCCGAUGGCUUCUAAUGCGAAGAACCUGA